CACAGACCGACACACACAAUAACAUGCCAUGCCGUGUUAUGGUUUGGUCCGGCCCACUGCCACAGUAAUAGACCAAUUAGUGGAUACUGGACCGGGAUCCAGUCACCAAUUUAUGAUCUUUCUACUAAACGACGCCCAUCGUUCACCUCCUCCCUCUCUCUCCUUCAAGUAAAAAUCUCUUGAACAUUCAAUUGCAGAGUAUGGUUUAUCCAUGGGAUUGAUUAAACCACAACAGUGGCACCUACUGCACAAUUUGGCUCCAAAUUCAUUGAAUUUAUGCUAUGAAGAUGAAUUCUGAGGAAAUUGCAGUGCACUUCCUAUAAUCAAGGUGAGUGAGGAAGAUGACAUACAGGAGCAGGGUAAAAUUGAAUCUAAUUAACAGUUAACUUACGUGCGCUCCAAGAAUUCAUCAAAACAAACCUGUUUCUUCAACCCAUCAAUCAGUUUAAUGGAUAAAGUACUUGUAGAUUCCCUAAAUUUCAACUGGUUGUCAUCUUCAUUUAUGCCUUCUACCUGUUCGAAGAAAUGCUUCAAUGAAAAAAAGCCAGGAAUAGGAAAAAACCCAUCUGGGUUUCGUGUUGCUGCAAAGAAGACCAAUGUAGUGGUGUCAAAGGGGCUUCAGAAGCGCCAGAAAAAGGAACUAUCAAAGAUGUUGUGGACUGAGGCAGCCAUUAAAGCCAUUGAGAGUAAAGCCGGGUCGAAAAAGUAUAAGAAUUUGUGGCCAAAAGCUGUCUUGGAGGCUUUAGAUGAUGCUAUUCAGCUGAACAAUUGGGAGUCUGCUCUCAAGAUAUUUGGCUUGCUUCGCAAACAGCAUUGGUAUAAACCAAGAUGUCAAACAUACACAAAGCUUUUGAUGAUGCUCGGAAAAUGUAGGAAGGCGGAGCAAGCUGGUUUGCUUUUUGAGGUGAUGUUGUCUGAUGGGCUUCAGCCUACUGUUGAUGUUUUCAGUGCAUUGGUAAAUGCUUAUGGAAUGUGUGGCCUCUUUGACCAAGCAUUUUCAACCAUUGAUGACAUGAAAUCUGUGUACGACUGUAAACCUAAUGUUUAUACAUAUACAAUACUACUAAGCUGCUGCAUUAAGCAUCACCGUCUUGAUCUUGUUAGUCAGAUUCUUGCCGAGAUGACUUAUUUGGGAAUUGAAUGCAGUUCAAUUACAUAUAACACUGUAAUAGAUGGUUAUGGAAAGGCUGAAAUGUUUGAAAUGAUGGAGAACGUAUUAUCUGACAUGAUUGAUAGUGGUACAUGCCAUCCAGAUGUUUUCACAAUGAACUCAUUCAUUUCAGCUUAUGGGAAUUGUGGGCAAAUAGAGAAGAUGGAGAGGUCGUAUGAAGAGUUUCAGUUAAUGGGGAUAAGCCCAGAUGUGAGGACCUUUAACAUCUUAAUAAGGUCGUAUGGGAGAGCACGCAUGUAUCAGAAAAUGGAGUCAAUUCUGGAUUUCAUGAAAAAUAGGUUCUUCUCCCCGACUAUCGUGACUCUCAAUACAGUGAUAGAUAUAUAUGGACGAGCUGGUGAUAUUGAGAAGAUGGAUAAAUUUUUCCUGAAAAUGAAACAUCAGGGGAUGAAACCUAACACCAUAACCUAUUGCUCACUUGUUAACGCUUAUAGUAAAGCUGGGAAGCUGUUCAAAGUGGAUUCAAUUCUUAGGCAAGUUGAGAACUCCAAUGCAGUUUUGGACACUCCAUUCUUUAAUUGCGUCAUCAGUGCCUAUGGAAGGGCUGGCGAUGUUGAUAAAAUGAGUAAGGUAUUCUCGGAAAUGACUGAUAAAAACUGUGAGCCAGAUUAUGUAACCUUUGCUACCAUGGUUCAAGCAUACGAUGCUAAGGGGAUGAGUGAAGUUGCAGAACAUUUAGAGGCAAAGAUGCUGUCCACAGAAACCUGCUCAGAACCUAAGCUGCUUGGGUGCUAGUUCAUUUUUCUGUGUUACUUCCUUGUGAUAAUGACCACUAUCACUGCAAGAAAUGAAAGAUUGGAGGCCUAUGUGACAGCUAGCUGUUGUUGAUAUGGUUAUGGUAAAAUUCUCCUUGUUUCAGUUUUUUUUUUUUUGCUAUAGCUAAUACGAGUAGUAAUAUAGUAUGCACUCUGCGUUUAUUACUUGCGUUAAAGAUUUCUAAUGGUAACAACAAGCUGUGGGGAAUGACAUUCAGUGCCUUAACAAAUUUUUCUAUCACUGUAUUUUGUCGAAACAAUUCUUUGACCUUCAACUUCACCAUUCUGUUUCCUCCCUCACCAACCAACCUUUCAUCGUUUUCACUGCUAUGAAAGGUUGCCGAAAAUGCCUUACUUAUUAGAUCUUAAUUCACCUGACUCUCCGCGGCUUGCUAUAUUGCACUUCCCAAACCUUUUUGUGGUUAUGUAAUAGACUAAGGAACAGCAAUUGUAAAAUAAGGAAUUCAAGUAAUAAAGAUGGAAGCUUUCGGUUGUUUGA